AACACUGGCUAUACACACAAUAGCAGGUAAUAGAUUUAGGAGAAUUUAAAGGAAACACAAUGUUCACGCCAUGUCCAUGUUUUGUAGCUUUCAUGUUGCCUCCAUAUUAGCUGUGAAAUAUACCAAUCUCUCUUCUCUAUUACAGGAGAAACGGUUAUGGGUUGCAAGCUGUGUAGAGUCGAGGUAAGGAUGCUCACGUGUUCCCUUUUGUCUCUCUUAGGGGCCUGGGUAAAGAAUAUGGUGGCACUGGCAUAGGGGGGUGUGGGAGUUCAGGGCAAAACAGAUGGGGGCCAGGACCAAAUUAAACACCUGGGCAUAUGGAGCUCUACUUACAUAUCUGAGACAGAUAAUUACCCACACACACACAUUGUACUGAUACAAACAGGUUUUGAGAAACCAUGAUCUUAACUGGUGUGAGGGAAUGUCCUUUAAUUUUUUAUAACUGUGUUCAUUUUUACAGAACUCAAUUAUUCCUAUAAAGCAUGAAAAUGCUUACGUGGAGAUCCUAGAGAUCAGUGAUGUGCAUGACUCUCUGGUGCAGUUUACUGCCACCUUAGAGCUGCCCGACCACCCGGCAAAGCCAUCUUUCCUAGGUAAGUGUGAUCAGUACUAAAAAACACUAUUUAAUUUCUAUAGUAAGAGCCGGAUAUCUGGAAAACCAAUUUCAAUUUAAAGGACCCCGUCGCUAGAUAAUAAUGACAUCUAUUGUAUUUUAAUUCUUGUAGAAUCUCCACGUCCUGCUGGGAAUGAAAAGGACCCUGGCUCUUCCCACAACAUCGGAGGGGCCAUUCCUUUUCAUGAGCCUGAGGGCUCCGAGCCAGCAGAGUCUAUGACCAGGGAUACAGCCAGCCCCACCAAUUUCAUCUGGCCUUCAUUUGUAAGUACAUUGUAUAAAUGUUACAUUUAUAUAUACAUGCAUACACACAAUGUCUGACUAUAUGCUUAAUGUUAUUUUAUUUAACUUGCCAAUAUUAAGACCUCAUACAUGAUAUAUAUAAGUGUUGAGAUGACAUCCUGCUUAAUGUUGGUUUCUUAAUAUGCUUUAAUUCAGGAUGCCACGGUGGAGGUCCCUGGUAUAGUAGAUACAUCCGAGGCACUGGUGGUCAUUUCCGUGAGGGCUAAUUCCUAUGAACCACCAGCAUUGCCAGUUUUAUCGGGUAAGUAGGAUCAUGCACUGACUUCUUGUAGUUUAUGAUAGAGUUGAUCAUGCAGAUUUAUUAAACACAGUCCAUCUAAUGUAUUGUUGAUCCCUAUAUCCGGCCACCUGGGCCAUCAACCUUAGGGUCUCCAUAACUGGGGAGAAUUUGACCUUGUACUCAUAUAGCAUAUAACUGAUAUCUCUCUGCCCUAGUAUUCUUAGUGCAUUUAUGUGGAUUAUAUGGGCAUUUAUGUUUGCUUUUAGUAAUGGCAUACAUAUAUAUUUAUAUAGGAGAGUAUUAACACUUUUUUAUGAAGUAUAGUUCUAAUAUUGUACUUAUAAUGAUGAUAAACUGUAUUAUAAUUUUGAGACUCUAUUGUUCCAUUUCUGCAUAUUCAGAAGAUCCUGAUUGUGAUGCUGGCAUGUCCAAUAACAACGGACUUAUAGUUCCCAAUCAGGAGCAAGAUUCUGAGCCAGAGAAGGACACCGAGGAUGAUAAUUCCACCUCUUCCAGUCCUCCAUUACCACUCUGCAGUCCUGACUUUGGCUCAGAUUUUGCCAAUAACAUACAGGGUGCUGAAGGACCAUCUAUCAGCCCUGUUGAGCCCAGAUCUCCCUCACUUGGAAAUUUCAACCUGGGCCCAGUGUUGGGAGAAGGAGCAUUUGGGAAGGUAUUCCUAGCCGAGCACAAAAACACCAAAGAACUAUGUGCUAUCAAGGCCCUGAAAAAAGAGGAGAUUUUGAAAAGGGGCAACUUGGACAGUGUCUUCAAAGAGAAGGAAAUCCUCCAGAGGGUGAGUUCUACCGAACACCCGUUCCUAGUGUCGAUGCAUGGAACCUUCCAGACGGAGUCUCACCUAUUUUGUGUGAUGGAAUAUCUCCCUGGAGGUGACAUGUAUGAAAUUGUAACAUCCGUGGAACUGCAAGAACCUGAAGUCAUGUUUUACACCGCAUGUGUCGUUCUUGGCCUGGAGGCAUUACACCACCUUGGCAUUGUCCAUAGAGAUAUAAAGCUUGAGAAUUUGCUGUUGGACCGGGAUGGCUACCUUAAGAUCGUAGACUUCGGCCUCAGCAAAGACAGAUUUGGAUACAGCGACCGCACUAACACCAUGUGCGGCACAAAAGCUUACAUCGCCCCCGAGAUCUUCCUGAAACAUGGAUACGGCAUGGCCGUUGACUGGUGGGCCCUAGGAAUCACCACCUAUAUAAUGCUCAUGUGUGAGUUACCAUUCAACAACGAAGACCCGGUUGAGCUAAUGCAGAGCAUCAUUUACGACAACAUCGAGUUACCAGACUAUCUAUCAGAGGAUGUCUCUGCAUUUAUAAAAGACGUAAGUUGGCCCCAGCAAAUUAGUAUCAUGUGCCUUUAGUCACUUUUUAUACUAAGGGCAUACAUGCUGUAUAGUUAUUAUUAUUACUAACAUGAUAUAACAUAUGGCCUUUAGUGUGUUUUAGUGGCAGUUUCAGGCUUUCACUGAACUUUACAAUAUGUAUUAUUACCCCAGAGAGUCCCUUCUAUUCCAUAGGGUCUGGCUAUGAAUGUCAGGAGCAGCGGGUACUCAAUCUAAAUACAGAACUUAAUCUCUGGUUCAUAUAAGCAGUUAAUAAAUUAAAUAUGAGCUUAAUUAGUCCAUUCAAGCAGUUACAUAUGCAUAUGGUUACUUUCUCUAUGGGGUUGGAAAAUUGCUUGUCUUUCCUAGGUGGAUACUUUCCCAGUAGAAUAAUAAAAUAGACAUAAACAAUAAUGAUUUAAAAAUGUUUGUUUUUAUAUUUUGUAGCUUUUAGAAAAAGAUCCAGAAUAUCGCCUCGGUUCGGGUGAGGCUGGUGCAGAAAUGGUGAAAGAGCACCCCUUCUUCAAAGUAGGUUUCUAUUCUAUUCCUUUCAAUUUACAAACAGAAAAGCACUAAUGAAUAUUGCCAUAGCCUCGUAAUGCAUUAUAUAAUUUCUUGUUCCAGCAAUUCUAGUUUUUGGACCAGAUACUCAUCAUUAAAUAUUACCUUUUCAUUUAACUUUCAGGAUAUGGACUGGGACCAUCUAGUACACCGAAGAAUAAGGCCUCCAUUUGAACUAGACAACCAAGACCACCUGGAGAGCCGCGAGAACCCUGAAUGCCAAGCUCCAGCACUGACACCGCCUGCUGUAAGGAUUCCAUCAGAGCUGCAAGAGGCAUUCAGAGGAUUCUAAAUGAACAUCAAAUAAGUAGACGGAAUAGAUGGGGAGGGUGGAGGGCCAGUCCAUAUCUAUAGAAGAAUUCCAUUCAUGAAGAUCAGAGAUCUAGAAUAUCGAAGAUCCAGAAAGAUCCAGAAC